GCCUGGAGGAGUUUGUCCGGCUGGCUUACAUUAGUGUUUCCAAUCAAACACACACUGUUCUCUGUGUAGCUGUCACAUAUUUACUAGCAAGAUGAGCAAGUCUUGGAGUAUCCAUUCGCUAAUAAACCAACCCGAUCUGCUGAAGAAACCUUCAAGCUCUGGUCUCAUUAAUUUCUUGGCCAGGCCAAUGAGCAUUGAGUUGGAUACCGCUUAUCAAGUUUACAUUGGAUCCCGACGCCAACGGAUGAAGCAGCUGUUGGAGAAGGAACGAGCCUGGGAGGCCGCCGAGCUGGCACGCCUGGGCUUGAGCUGCAUCAGGGCUCCGGAUUGUUAUCCUUGCUGCACUAGCUACGAGUGCGCCAAGUUGAGGCUGUAGCAACUCAUUAAGGAUUUUAUAUGUGGAAGUUUUAAAAUUAUAUUUUUCAUAUGAUUUUCAUUUUUGA